CAUCCACAGCAGAUUCAGCUCCUUUGCUGAGAUCUAUAGCAAUGAGAAGAGCCCUGUGCUGAAGUGGGGUGGGGGAAAGAGCAAGCCUUGUGGAUGAACAGCAAGGGCUGUGAGGGCGUGCCAAAGCUGCCCAGUCUGAAUUUUACAGCUGUGUAUAGUACAGUUUGAGCUGAGCAGAGGCUGAAAUCUUGCAAAGUAGACUGGUGGAUGGGGCAUGGCUGUACUCCACUUGGUGUUGUCACUCUCACUGCUGCUCACUCUGUUUGGCAACACUGUAAAAGGACAGAGAGACCCAGAAGUAUUCUGCGGAGCUUGUAAAGCCCUUGCAGAUGAACUGGCCUAUGACAUAAAGAAAAUCGGCCCAAAAAGGACUGUGAAUUCGGGGACCUAUCGAAUCAACCCCGACGGCACACGAGGGAAGAAAAAGAUUCCUUUUGCAAAGUCAGAGACCUUCUUAACAGAUGUUUUGGAAAAGAUAUGUGAGCGGAUGAAUGAUUAUCAACUCCAAGAUGACCCGGUAACUAAGAAAAAGAUAUUCAAGAGAUAUGCUCCCAGGAAGGAUGAGCCAAUCUAUGCAGAAUAUAAAAAAUACUUCUUUUAUUCUGAUGCUUAUAAGCCCUUGAGAUAUGCGUGUGAAACUAUCAUAGAACAGUAUGAAGAUGAAAUAUUCUCACUUAUCGCCCAGGAGGCAGACUUUCUGGCUGACAAGCUGUGCAUUGAAAAAUCAGGUCUUUGUGAAAAGCCCGAAAUGCACAGUGAACUUUAGAGAAACAGCAGUCUGCUGUUAUUACACGUGAAGAGAAUCAAAUGAAAUAUCCCUCCAGCUCUGCCUUCCAUUAACCUUCAUCUUUACUUGCUUUAAAAAAUAAUAAUAACCCACCUAGACUGAGAUAUUGCUGCCUGUGCCAUUUGUUGAUGACAGUAGACUAGGACUUCCAUAACUGUAAUGGGUUAAUGGCGAACACUCUUCAAAUUAUAAGGUAGUUCCACUAGUUAUAUUCACUUCUGAGAUACCCUGUAACUAUUAGCUAGUAUUAGUAAACAUAUUAGUUCAGUGGCAGUUGUUUAUACCUUAACAAAACAUGACUGAACAUGUUACCUGUGCCUUAUGAUUCUUUCACUUUUGUCAAUAGGUAGUUUUCAAAAACAGAAGAACCAGCCUUUAAACGCCAACAGUUAAGGGCCAACACAUCAUAGUCCUGUACCAUCACUGGUAUAAUAACACAGAUUUCAAUGGAGCUACACCAGUUCAUGUAAAUGCUGGCUUUUGCCAUUUGCUCUAGGUGGCUCCAUAGCAGAAGGUAGUGCUUUUCUAAACUCCUAAGUAAUCAUUUAAAAGCAAUGUGUUGUCGAGAAAUCUGUUUUGAUUAGGAGUAAACCAUCUCCAUAGCAUUUUGUGGCAAAUUCCAAGCUGGAUUUUGGCAGAGAUUAUGUUACAAGAGACAAUCCAAUAGCAGAGUAUCCUAUUCAAUGGUAAACUCCAAGCAGUCCAUAAGGCAGCUGUUUAUGUUUCUUGCAAUCAAAACAAGCAAAAUGGUGGAAUUUAAUGUGGUUAUCAUAAUAGGUUGCAAUCAGAUUGUAAGUGGCCUGCUUCAGUGGGGAAAUGUCUGUGUGCUCCUGACGUUUCUUGCACCAGGAAGCCGUGUCUAAUAAUUUCCUUUUUGAUUGGAAGGUCUUUUAUUACUAAUCCACACAAUGUGUUUGUUUAUAAUUUUCAGUAUGUUGUAAUGUAAAGCUCUCUUUCAUUCCAUACUUCUUGGUUGUAAUAACUACCGAAGUUUUCUCACUAAAUGGUUAAAAAUAUAAGGGGCUGUUAAAAUAGCCCAUUCUUAAAAAAUAAGAUGUUAGCACUGAACUUUCAUGUAUUCAUAUAAUUAUGCUGUGUUUUUAAAGAAUAACUCUCCAUACCUGUCUGGUUUGAAGCACCCUUUAUUCUUUGCAAUUUUCUUCCCAUGCUAUUACAUAUCUUAAUAUUUCCAAAAAUUUAAACUAGCAGUGUGUUCUUUUGAAACCAACAGGACUUACUUUUAUAUUUAGGAAUCACUAAAUAGGCGUAUUUGAGCCAAGUACAAAUUCAUGGUCCUUUGAGUCACUGCAGACUUUUAUUAAUUUGGUUUUACUGGAGCCAGUAAUCCACUUUAUAUCUUUACCAGGAUUUCUGCUGCAUGGUUUACAGUCCUUUCCACAAGUCUUAUAAGUCACAGAUGAUGGAUUAACAAUGACUGGCAACCUGAUCUUGAAAAUGUUACUUGGGAGUAAGCCCCACUGACAUCAGCGAAUGUACUUCUUAAGGAAUGUGCUGAGUUAGGGCUGGGUCUCAUCCUCACAGCAGCAAACCAAACUACGUUGGCUUACAUGAAAAUGAUACCAAGCCAUGACAAAGAUAACUGCACUGGGUUACAGCACAACUGGACAUCAGAGCCAUAGGGCAUAGCCCUCAGUAAACUGACUUGAAAACAAGACCUGUUAAAACAGUGGGACUUACUUCCAAAUAAUGGCUUUAGAAUCAGUGAUGGGUUGUCAUCCUGCACCAACUCCCAUAAAAAUAUAAGCUCUUUGUUUCUAACUGGAUCUGGGGUUGAUGCCUUAAUAUUUUUCCUAGUGGGGUGUUUUUCUAGUGAAAUCUUCUCACUUCCGCCACCACCCACCCCCAUUCUUCCUUUGUCUUCUUGAAUAUUCUUUCUUUGUCUUGUCUUGAACUUUCUAUUGUCUACCUCGGAAAGUGGCAUUCACUUACUUUCUUUCAUUUAAAGCACACAUUUUUUUGCUAAUUAGUCUGGUUUCUAUUCUUGUGAUUAAUACACCCGUUGGUGGGAGGACUUUUAAUUUUGACAUGCCACGAAUGUGCUCAGCAAAUACUGGGGAGAUGAAGAAGAAACAGAGAGGUUUCCAGUUGGCUUCAUUUAGACAAAUAGAGCUGGAAACCCUGUCCCUAUUCAUGGUGGAUGGAAAAUUAGAUGGUAAAGGGUCGAAUUGCUUCCUUCACACUUCAUGGAAUCCUAUUGAUUUUUAGGAUGAAGAUAAGGAAAGAACUUGCCCAAAAUCUAUAUUUUAUAUAUAUUAAAAAGGACUAUAAUCAACUUCAAAUCUCAUCAGCUUAUUUUAAUUAGUGAGAAGUGGUCUCAGUAUCCCAAUUAGUUUGGGGAAUGGUAAACCUUUGUGGGUCCCCUCCCUGCUUUCAAAGGGGGAGAACAGCUGUUUUCGUGGAGUGUCCGAAAGUCAAGGAAAAGAUGGAGUCAGUGAUUUUUUUUUAAAAAAGGCACAUAUGACCACACUAAGUAAACCAACUGAAGGUGUCAAUAGUUAAAGCCAUAAUUGUUAUCUAUCUCUGCUAGUACUAGUAAUCUUCAAUGCUUUUGUUUACUGUUGUCAGUAUCGAGAUGAAAUGUUGAUGUUUGUGUUGUCUUAAAGACCUACUUUUAGCCCUUUGAUGCAGGGCUUGUGCUUUAUUUAUUGGGUAAAUACUGGGGAUCUUUUACGAUAGACUUCUGUGCUUGCAGGGUAUGAAUGAAAAUCUAACCCCACGUCUGCUUUGCUUAUCGUUGUAUCUCCAGUACCUUCAUACUGUCUGGCCAGCACUGACAAGUCAGUGCAAUUUUGAUUGGGUUAGAAGGCAAAAUCUAUGAACUGAUCAUUGGGUCUGAAUGUUGGGUCUUCCAGAUGAUUUCUUCACAGAACCAGAAGACUUUCAAAGCUAUCUUCUACAGCUAUAAUGGACAACUAAAAGGCCAUUGCAGCCUUAGGAAAUGGCUGCCCUGAUCCACCUAUCUGCCAAUAAUUCUACAAGGACACAG